GUUUCUCUACGGGCAGUUCAAAACGUUGAUACCGAGUCUCCUUUCCCUCUGUGGCAGUGAACGAACCCUCCGAAUCUGACGAAUCAAAGCGGAAAACGCAGUCCUUAUCGCCGUAGUUUGUGAAGCUACAAUGUCGAUGGCUGAUGAACCUUUGUACCCCAUAGCGGUAUUGAUAGACGAGCUGAAGAACGAUGAUAUCCAAUUGCGCUUAAAUUCCAUUAGAAGGCUAUCUACAAUUGCUCGUGCUCUAGGAGAGGAGCGGACACGAAAGGAAUUGAUUCCUUUCUUGAGUGAAAACAAUGACGACGACGACGAGGUUCUUCUUGCUAUGGCAGAGGAGUUGGGGGUGUUCAUUCCUUAUGUUGGAGGAGUGGAGCAUGCCCAUGUGUUGCUACCCCCUCUUGAAACACUAUGCACUGUUGAAGAGACAUGUGUAAGGGACAAAGCUGUGGAGUCGCUAUGCAGAAUUGGAGCACAGAUGAGAGAGACUGAUUUGGUUGAUUGGUUCGUACCUCUGGUUAAGAGGCUGGCAGCUGGUGAAUGGUUUACCGCUCGGGUUUCUGCUUGUGGACUGUUUCACAUUGCUUAUCCUAGUUCCUCAGAGACGUUGAAGGCAGAAUUGAGGUCAGUAUUUAGUCAGUUAUGUCAAGAUGACAUGCCUAUGGUCAGGAGAGCUGCUGCAACAAACUUGGGGAAAUUUGCUGCUACUGUGGAGCCUGCUCAUCUCAAGGCUGACAUCAUGCAAAUAUUUGAGGAUCUUACGCAGGAUGAUCAAGAUUCUGUUCGUUUACUAGCUGUUGAGGGUUGUGCUUCCCUUGGAAAGUUGUUAGAACCCCAGGACUGUGUUGCACACAUUCUUCCUGUCAUUGUUAAUUUUUCUCAGGACAAGUCUUGGCGUGUUCGCUAUAUGGUUGCUAAUCAGUUGUACGAACUAUGUGAAGCUGUGGGCCCUGAACCUACUAAGACGGACUUGGUUCCAGCAUAUGUGAGGCUACUUCGGGACAAUGAAGCUGAAGUACGUAUUGCAGCUGCUGGAAAGGUCACCAAGUUCAGUCGGAUUCUUAAUCCAGAACUUGCAAUUCAGCAUAUUCUUCCAUGUGUAAAGGAGUUAUCAUCAGAUUCUUCUCAGCAUGUUCGGUCUGCUCUGGCUUCUGUUAUAAUGGGCAUGGCCCCUGUUCUAGGAAAGGAUGCAACGAUUGAGCAACUUCUUCCUAUAUUUCUUUCACUUCUAAAGGACGAGUUUCCAGAUGUACGCCUCAAUAUUAUUAGUAAGCUUGAUCAAGUGAAUCAGGUUAUCGGAAUCGAUCUUUUGUCCCAAUCUUUGUUACCAGCAAUUGUUGAACUUGCGGAAGAUAGGCAUUGGAGGGUUCGUUUGGCAAUUAUAGAGUACAUACCCCUAUUGGCUAGUCAGUUAGGUGUAGGAUUCUUUGACGAUAAGCUUGGUGGUCUCUGCAUGCAAUGGUUACAGGACAAGGUUUACUCCAUCAGAGAUGCUGCUUCUAAUAACUUAAAACGCCUUGCAGAGGAAUUCGGUCCAGAUUGGGCUAUGCAGCACAUCGUCCCACAGGUCCUGGAUAUGAUUAACAACCCCCAUUACUUGUAUCGCAUGACAAUUCUUCGUGCUAUUUCUCUACUUGCCCCUGUUAUGGGAUCAGAAAUCACUUGUUCUAAAUUGCUUCCUGUAGUUGUUAACGUCUCCAAAGACAGAGUGCCGAAUAUCAAGUUUAAUGUGGCAAAGGUCUUGCAAUCGCUAAUUCCUAUAGUUGAGCAGUCUGUGGUAGAGAAAACCAUUCGGCCGUGCCUGGUUGAGCUGGCAGAGGACCCUGAUGUCGAUGUUCGUUAUUUUGCCAGCCAAGCUCUUCAAUCCAUUGAUCAAGUCAUGAUGUCUAGCUAGAUGAAAUUCAUGUUGUGAAAUUUUGUGUUUGAAGGUGCUUUAUAAUAGCUGCUGCAUCUCCUCAUCUCCUGUGUUUAUUGUUUCUAGUGUUAUUUUCUUUCAUGAACAUGUCACGUCGAUGUCCAUUGUUGUAAUAUUAAAAUGUUCUUUUUUUCUUUCUUUCUAAACAUCGAAAACUUUGAUAUCAUUGGCCAUUAUAUCCUCUUGUCUAUCGUUAUCAUCCCCUUUUUAAGA